CAGCCUGGGAGGGGUGGAUUGAUUGACAGAGGAGGCAGCAGAGAGACAGGCGCCCCUUUCUUAUAUCCUUAUACAUACCUAUCCCGGGUGAUGGACUGUUCCAUCCUCGCCGCCCCUUGAGGCUGGAGUGGUUCGCUCCAAAGGCGGCGGCACAGGCAGAGGCAGCAGCAGCAGCAGCAGGAAGGAAGGAAGGAAGAGAUUGCGCCCACUCCCCUGGAUGGGAAUGCAAUUAAUACAAUGCAAUUAAGGGGAGGGGGUGCACGCAGGGGACUGGCAUGCAUGAGAGGAAGACCCACCGGGUGAAGGCCUGAGGCCGCCUCCUCCUUUCCUUUCCUGCAGCCCGGCCGCCCUCCAGUCCUCCCCGUCCGCAGCCAUGGCGAAGCGGGAGUCCAGCGCCAGCCCUGUGGUGCGGCAGAUCGACAAGCAGUUCCUGGUGUGCAGCAUCUGCCUGGACCGCUACCACAACCCCAAGGUGCUGCCCUGCCUCCACACCUUCUGCGAGAGGUGCCUCCAGAACUAUAUCCCGCCCCAGAGCCUGACCCUCUCCUGCCCCGUCUGCCGCCAGACCUCCAUCCUCCCGGAGAAGGGGGUGGCCGCCCUCCAGAACAACUUCUUCAUCACCAACCUCAUGGAGGUGCUCCAGCGCCAGCCCGACAGCGCCAGCCACGAGGACACCGCCGCCGCCAUGCUGGACUCGGUCAGCGCCGUGCCGGGGAAGCCGCUCUCCUGCCCCAACCACGAAGGCAAGAUGAUGGAGUUUUACUGUGAGUCCUGCGAGACGGCCAUGUGCCAUGAAUGCACGGCCGCUGAGCACCGUGAGCACGUGACGGUGCCCUUGCGGGACGUGGUGGAGCAGCACAAGGCCUCGCUGCGGCAGCAGCUGGACGCUAUCAAGAGCCGGCUGCCCCAGCUGACCGCUGCCAUCGGGCUGGUCUCCGACAUCAGCCAGCAGCUGGUGGAGCGCAAGAACGACGCCGUGGCCGAGAUUGGGAGCACCUUUGCCGAGCUGGAGAAGGCCCUCCACCAGCGGAAGGGGCUGUUGGUCCGCGACCUGGAGGCCCUUUGCGGGGCCAAGCAGAAGGUGCUGCAGGCCCAGCUGGACACCCUGCGCCAGGGCCAGGAGAAUAUCCUCAGCAGCUGCAGCUUCACGGAGCAGGCGCUGGACCACGGCUCGGAGACGGAGGUGCUGCUGGUGAAGAAGCAGAUGAGUGAGCGGCUGAGUGAGCUAGCCGGCCGCGAGUUCCCCGAGCGGCCCCACGAGAACGCCCAGGUGGACUAUGUAGUGGAGACGGAGGGCGUGCGCAAGUCCAUCCUCAACCUGGGCGUGCUGCUCACCACCAGCGCCAUUGCCCACAAGACGGUGGCUACCGGGGAGGGCUUGCGCCAUGCGGUGGUAGGCCAGGCGGCCUCCCUCACCAUCACCACCAAGGACAAGGACGGGGAGCUGGUGCGCAGUGGGAGUGCCUGCCUGCGGGCGGAGGUGGCGGCUCCUGAUGGCACUGCCACGGACCACGAGGUGCUUGAUAACAAGAACGGCACCUAUGAGGUGGUCUACACACCACGCCACGAAGGUGACCACCUUCUCUCCAUCCAUCUCUAUGGGCAGCCAAUCCGGGGCAGCCCCUUCCGUGUCAAGGCUGUCAAGGCCUCCGAUGUGCCGCCCUCCCCAGAUGAUGUCAAGCGCCGUGUCAAGUCUCCCAGCAGCGGCCACAUCCGCCAAAAGGCCGUGCGCCGGCCCUCCAGCAUGUACAGCAGUGGCAAGAAGAAGGAGAACCCCAUCGAGGAUGAGCUAAUCUUCCGAGUCGGAACCCGGGGCCGGGAAAAGGGCGAAUUCACCAAUCUGCAGGGCAUUUCCACCUCCAGCAGUGGCCGCAUUGUAGUGGCCGACAGCAAUAACCAGUGCGUGCAGAUCUUCUCUAAUGAGGGACAGUUCCGUCUGCGCUUUGGGGUGCGGGGCCGCUCCCCCGGACAACUGCAGCGCCCCACAGGGGUCACUGUGGACCUCAAUGGGGACAUCAUCAUUGCCGACUAUGACAAUCGCUGGGUCAGCAUCUUCUCCCCUGAAGGCAAGUUCAAGACCAAGAUCGGGGCUGGCCGCUUGAUGGGACCAAAGGGGGUGGCGGUGGACCGCAACGGACACAUCAUUGUGGUGGACAACAAGGCCUGCUGCGUCUUCAUCUUCCAGUCCAACGGGAAGCUUGUGACUAAGUUUGGCAGCCGCGGCACCUCGGAGCGCCAGUUUGCAGGUACCCUCGAUGGGCCACACUUCGUUGCCGUCAACAACAAGAAUGAGAUCGUGGUGACCGACUUCCACAACCAUUCUGUGAAGGUGUACAGUGCCGACGGGGAGUUCCUCUUCAAGUUUGGAUCCCAUGGUGAGGGCAACGGACAGUUCAACGCGCCGACUGGCGUGGCUGUGGACUCCAACGGGAACAUCAUUGUGGCAGACUGGGGCAACAGCCGGAUCCAGGUCUUCGACAGCUCAGGCUCCUUCCUGUCCUACAUCAACACCACGGCGGACCCGCUGUAUGGGCCGCAGGGCCUGGCCCUGACCUCUGAUGGACACGUGGUGGUGGCGGACUCUGGCAACCACUGUUUCAAGGCUUACAGAUACCUGCAGUAGCCCCAGGGGCCGGGCGGGCUGGGCAGAGGGGGGGCGUUUCCCUCUGGCCCACCUGCUGCCCGAAAGGGGUGGACGAUGCGCUUGGGAAGGGCUGGCCCUUGGAUGGGGCCCCUCCCUCCCUGCACUGGGUCGUGGGGCUCCGGCAGCUGUGUGUGAUGGUGCCAAUUGCGACCAACCGAGGCAGCUACGCGUUCGGGGUAUGUCCUGGAGUGUGUGAAGGAGUGUGGCUUGCUCAGCUCCUCCUCCUCCAAGGGGCCGCCAUACAUUUCUGGCCUUUCCUGCGGGGGAAGUGGGACUGGCUCUGGGGUAGGCUCUGCAGCUCCAAGUCCCGCUUGUUGCCUCCUUCCACGCUCUUGUCCUUCUUUGUUCUGUCCCUCUUUGCCCUCCAUCUCCCUCGCUCACUUCCCUGGAUUCUCUCUGCACUUUAUCACUGUCCAGGGAAGAGGCCGAGGCUUCCCCUUUCUUUCCUUCCCAAUUUCUGUCUCUAUGAUUCCUGGGAAGCCGGGGUGAGAAGCACAAGCUUCAGCAGACAAAUAAAUGCCUGCAAAUGGGUGGGUGGGUGGGAAGGGUUGCACUUUGGGGAGCAGAGGGGUCCUUGCGCUGCCAUCAGCUUCACUGGGAGGGGAGGUCCCACCUUUGCUAGGAGUUGCAUAGCUGGGGGUGUAUAUGGGGGAGAGCCUCGUUCGUGCCAGCUUUGCAAGGGGUCCAAAAUCAACAUCUUCAGCCACCUUUUUCUCAACCAGGUCUGUGCCCCUUCCUUCCUUGACCUGGGGGGAGGGAUAUGGGGCGGUCUUGUUGCAUUUCCACCUGCACAGAGCUGCUAUUUCCCACUAGCUCUCUUCUGAAAAGGGGUUUCUUCCUGCCUUCUUGCUCUGGACCUGGCUCCCACUUUCCCUCUUGACAGUACACUGGGUGGAGUGGCCAGGAGGGUGGCGCAGCUCAUUCGGCUUUCCUUCGGCCACGUUGAGAACGCCCGCCUCUCUUCCACAGCCACUUUCCCUCCUUGUGUGGGGAUCUGCCCUCCUCCUUGACGCCCGAAUGGGCUGCCUUCACCUGAGGGCAAGCAGCAUCUCCAAGCAGAGGCUUCAGCCAGGCCCUUCCGCCAAGGUGACCCCUGCGCCCAACCCUCUGCUCCCCAGGCCUUCCUUCUGCACACACUCCUGGUUGGUUGGUUGGGCUGAACUGAGGCAGCAGCCAUGUGCUAACAAAUAUGUAUGUACAAAAUAAAGUAUUCUGAAAAUA